AUGGACCAGGAUAUUGAGGAUGAGGAUGUUGUGGUUCCCUUACGGCUGAUAUCUUCUAUCAUAUGCUUCAAGAUUGUGGAAGCUACCAAAACCUAUUUUGUUGAAGCGAUAGCAACAGUGAACGAGGCCAAAAUCAAGGAGAGGCUACCGUGGGUAUUCAAUGGGUAUAAGCCUAUUAAGGUUGAUCAGGGGCUAGACAGCAGGAUCAUAUGUGGGAUUACAGCUACCUGGAACGCAACAAGUGGUCAGAAAUUAGAUGUUCGGCAGAUCUCAGAUGCUCAGCCAAGUGUGAAUAGUGAAACUGAGGUUGAUCUGCAUAUUGGUCUGUGGGUCGAACGUGGAGUGGUUGAGAAGUUGGCUCCUUCCCUACUUGACAAGAGAGGCUGGUCUGAAGUUGAUGGAGCCGUCAUCGUCACCGUCACCGCCGCCACCACCGCCUAA